UGCGGCCAGCGGCAGCAGAGGUGGUGGGGAGAAGAGGAGCAUUUGAUCAGCGUCUGUAUGCGCCCCCCGCCCCCUGUGGCUCCUUCACCGGCACAAGGAGAACAAAAGACGGACAAAUUGCCUGAUCACAGGCGCCUGCCCUGCUGCUGCUUCUUCUUCAUCAUCGAGACUGCACAUCGGGGGUUAUUAGCUUGAUGCUCAAUUCCGCCUGCUAGCCUUUGUGGCAGGGCUCUCCAUGCACCCAAGGACCCCCUGAUCUACACGCUCCUUCACCCCCAGAAGCGGGCAGGGAGAAGCCUCAGCUCCUUGCAUUGGCACUCUACAAACCAGAUCAGCCUCCGAGUGGGCAGGCAGCAGCCGGGACUGCGCAGACCUCCGGCUGAGGAGCAUCUUCUGCCCCUGGGCUCGGUUCUACACGCCGUCGCCUUGCGUGCAGCCUUUACAGCCUGACAGGAACCGAGGGACGAUUAAUGUGCAGACUCCAUCGCAGAUAGGAUACAAUGUUGCGCAUCGCGGCCAACGUGUUGGUGGCAGGGCUGCUUUUCUUGAGAUUUCUGCACAGUUUGGAGGUGGUCGCUCCGUCCAGGGCUGUCGAUGCCCCCAGGAGUUGCAGCCCGAAGCAGUUUGUGUGUAAGGAUGGGGUGACUUGCAUCUCUAAAGGUUGGCGCUGUGAUCGUGAGAAGGACUGCCCAGACGGUUCAGAUGAGGAUCCUGAUGUUUGCCCACACAGCACUGUUUCGCAAUGCCCACCCAAUGAGUACCAGUGUGUGGGGACGGAGCUGUGUAUCCACAUGAGCAAACUAUGCAACGGGGUUUCGGACUGCACUGACGGCUGGGAUGAGGGACCUCACUGCAGAGUGUUUAUAUCCAACUGCUCGAUCAAUGGCUGUCAGGAAAGCUGUGCGGUCACUCCGCAGGGCCCAGCUUGUUACUGUAAGAGUGGCUAUGAGAUCAGCCACGAUGGAAGAACAUGCAAAGACUUCGAUGAGUGCAGUGUGUAUGGGACCUGCAGCCAGACCUGUACAAACAUCGACGGCUCCUACACCUGUUCCUGUGUGGAGGGCUAUCUGCCGCAGCCAGACAACCGUUCCUGCAAAGCCAAAAACGUUCCGGUGGAUCGGCUGCCGGUCCUCCUGAUUGCCAACUCUCAGAACAUCCAAGCCACCUCCCUGAGCGGCUCCACGGUCCACAGCCUUCUGUCCACCAGCACCAAACAAACCACAGCUAUGGACUUCCUUUAUGCUAAGGAGACGGUCUGCUGGAUCCACGUGGGAGACUCUCCCUCGUCCACACACCUUAAAUGUGCAUCGAUCCCGAAUCUGAAGAGCUUCAUGGAAGAAAGAGUCAUCAACAUCUCCUUCAGCCUUCAUCAUGUGGAACAGAUGGCCAUUGACUGGCUCACCGGAAACUUCUACUUUGUGGAUGAUGUGGACGACAGGAUCUUUGUGUGUGACAAGGAUGGGCAGACAUGCGUAACCCUCCUGGACCAGGAGCUGUACAACCCUAAAGGCAUUGCUCUGGACCCCACCAUGGGGAAGGUGUUCUUUACAGAUUACGGUCAGAUCCCUAAGGUGGAGCGCUGUGACAUGGAUGGCCAGAACCGCACCAAACUCGUCGACAGCAAGAUUGUGUUCCCCCAUGGCAUUACGCUGGACCUCGUCAGCAGGCUGGUGUAUUGGGCUGAUGCUUACCUGGACUACAUCGAGGUGGUGGACUAUGAGGGCAAGAACAGGCACACCAUCAUACAGGGGCUGCUGAUUGAGCAUCUGUACGGGUUGACCGUGUUUGAAAACUAUCUGUAUGCCACCAACUCAGACAAUGCUAACAUGCAGCCUAAAACCAGUGUGAUCAGGAUUAACCGGUUUAACAGCACAGACUACCAAGUAGUGACCAGAGUGGACAAAGGAGGAGCUCUCCAUGUGUACCACCAGAGACGUCAGCCUCCAGUGCGCAGCCACGCAUGUGAGGUGGAUCAGUUUGGGAAGGCUGGAGGCUGCUCCGACCUCUGCCUCCUCGGGAACGGACAUAAGACCCGGACGUGCCGCUGUCGCUCUGGAUUCAGUCUGGGCAGUGAUGGAAAGUCCUGCAAAAAGCCUGAGCACGAACUGUUCCUGUUCUACGGUAAGGGCCGUCCAGGUGUCAUCAGGGGCAUGGAUAUGAACGCCAAGGUACAAGAUGAGUACAUGAUCCCGAUCGAGAACCUGAUGAACCCCAGAGCUCUUGACUUUCAUGCUGCGAGCGAGUUCAUUUACUUUGCCGACGCCACGAGCUACAUCAUUGGGCGACAGAAGAUCGAUGGAACAGAGAGGGAUACAAUUCUGAAAGAAGGGAUCCACACAGUCGAGGGUAUUGCUGUGGACUGGAUAGCCAACAACUUGUACUGGACAGAUGACGGGCCAAAGAAGACGAUCAGCGUAGCUCGACUGGAAAAGGCUUCCCAGACCCGCAAAACCCUCAUCGAGGGGAAAAUGACUCAUCCUCGUGCCAUUGUGGUGGAUCCUCUUAACGGGUGGAUGUAUUGGACAGAUUGGGAAGAGGACCCCAAAGAGAGCAAGAGAGGCAAAAUUGAGCGGGCUUGGAUGGACGGCUCCAACAGAAAUGUCUUCCUGACCAGCAAAACAGUGCUGUGGCCCAAUGGUCUCAGCUUGGACAUCCCGCAGGGCAUCCUGUACUGGGUGGAUGCCUACUACGACCGGAUCGAGAUGGUCUACCUCAACAGCUCCGGGCGAAAGACAGUGUACGAAGGUCAAGAGCUGAACCACGCCUUCGGUCUUUGCCACUAUAAACACUUCUUGUUUUGGAAUGAGUACCGAAGCGGGAGCAUUUACAAACUGGACACCACCACUGGCACCACCACUCUGCUUCGCAACGAGCGCCCGCCCAUCUUUGAGAUCCGGAUGUACGACGCUCAGCAGCAGCAAGGUACUAAUAUAUGUCGUGUGCACAACGGAGGCUGUAGCAGUCUGUGUCUGACCAUACCAGGGGGCAGACAAUGCGCUUGUGCAGAAGACCAAAUACUGGACCCGGCUGACAACAUCAGUUGCAAAGCCAAUCCGUCUUACAUCCCCCCACCUCAGUGCCAGCCAGGGGAGUUUGCUUGUAAGAACAACCGCUGCAUCCAGGAGCGCUGGAAGUGUGACGGGGACAACGACUGUCUGGACAGCAGCGAUGAGACUCCAGAGUUGUGCCACCAGCACACUUGCCCUGCUGACAGAUUUAAGUGCAAGAACAACCGGUGCAUCCCUUUACGCUGGCUGUGUGACGGGGACAACGACUGCGGCAACGACGAGGACGAAUCCAACACCACCUGCUCAGCUCGGACCUGCCCGCCCAACCAGUUCUCCUGCACCAGUGGGCGCUGCAUUCCUGUUUCCUGGACGUGUGACCUGGAUGAUGACUGUGGCGAUCGGUCAGAUGAACCUGCAUCGUGUGCCUACCCCACCUGUUUCCCCCUCACACAAUUUACCUGCAACAACGGGCGCUGCAUCAACAUCAACUGGCGCUGCGAUAAUGAUAAUGACUGCGGGGACAACAGCGAUGAAGCUGGGUGUCGGCAUUCCUGCUCCAGCGCCCAGUUCAAGUGUAACAGCGGCCGCUGCAUCCCAGAUUACUGGACCUGUGAUGGAGAUAAUGACUGUGGGGACUACAGCGACGAGACCCAUGCAAACUGCACCAACACGGCCACACGUCCUCCUGGUGGUUGUCACAUUGAUGAGUUUCAGUGUCGGAUGGACGGCCUAUGCAUCCCGCUGCGUUGGCGCUGCGAUGGAGACACCGACUGCAUGGACAUGAGCGAUGAGAAGAACUGCGAAGGCGUCACGCACAUGUGUGAUCCAGCGGUGAAGUUUGGUUGCAGAGACUCUGCUCGCUGCAUCAGCAAAGCUUGGGUUUGUGAUGGCGACAGCGACUGUGAGGACAACUCAGAUGAGGAAAACUGCGAAGCGCUGGUGUGCAAGCUCUCCCACCACUUGUGUGCCAGCAACUCCACCAUCUGCCUGCCUGCAGAGAAAAUCUGCGAUGGCACUGACGACUGCCCAGAUGGCUCUGAUGAGAAACUCUGUGAUCUCUGCUCUAUGAACAACGGCGACUGCAGCCAUAACUGCACGGUGGCCCCCGGUGAGGGCGUGAUCUGCUCAUGUCCACUGGGCAUGGAGCUGGGCUCUGACAACAAGACGUGUCAGAUCCAGAGCUUCUGCGCCAAACACCUGAAGUGCAGUCAGCGCUGCGAACAGGACAAGUUCAGUGUUAAAUGCUCGUGUUACGAUGGUUGGGAGCUGGAGCCUGAUAUGGAGAACUGCAAGAGCACAGAUCCAUUUAAGCCAUUUAUUAUUUUCUCAAACCGCCAUGAAAUCCGGCGCAUUGAUCUGAACAAGGGGGAGUUCAGUGUCUUGGUACCGGGCCUCAGAAACACCAUCGCCCUGGAUUUCCAUCUCAACCAGAGUUCCCUUUACUGGACUGACGUAGUGGAGGACAAGAUCUAUCGUGGGAAGUUGUCUGAAAAUGGAGCUUUAACCAGCUUUGAUGUAGUGAUCCAGUACGGAUUGGCUACACCUGAGGGUCUGGCAGUGGACUGGAUAGCGGGAAAUAUUUACUGGGUGGAAAGCAACCUUGAUCAGAUCGAAGUGGCCAAGUUGGACGGCACCAUGAGGACUACUCUGCUGGCUGGGGAAGUGGAACACCCUAGAGCUAUUGCUCUCGACCCCCGUGAUGGAAUUCUGUUCUGGACAGACUGGGAUGCUAGCUUACCAAGGAUUGAGGCUGCAUCUAUGAGCGGAGAAGGCAGGAAGACAAUCCAUAAGGAGACAGGCAGUGGAGGCUGGCCUAACGGGCUCACUGUUGAUUAUCUGGAGCGGCGUAUAUUGUGGAUUGAUGCCAGGUCUGAUGCCAUUUAUUCUGCAAAGUAUGAUGGUUCUGGACUGAUCGAGGUUCUGAGGGGCCACGAGUACCUCUCACAUCCAUUUGCCGUCACCAUGUAUGGUGGAGAGGUUUACUGGACGGACUGGAGGACCAACACGCUGGCCAAGGCAAACAAGUGGACUGGGAACAAUGUGACUGUUGUCCAGAGAACUAAUACACAACCUUUUGACCUGCAGGUCUAUCAUCCAUCCAGACAGCCACAAGCUCCUAACCCCUGUGCAGCUAAAGAAGGCAAAGAACCCUGCUCCCACCUCUGUCUGAUCAACUACAAACAGACGUUUUCGUGUGCUUGUCCUCACCUUAUGAAGUUGGGCCCUGACAAACGAACAUGUUUUGAGUCUCGUCAGUUUCUGCUAUAUGCUCGACAAAUAGAGAUCAGAGGAGUGGACAUAGAUAACCCAUACUACAACUACAUCAUCUCCUUCACCGUGCCGGACAUCGACAACGUGACCGUAGUGGACUAUGAUGCUCUAGAGCACCGCAUCUACUGGUCAGAUGUGCGAACACAAACAGUCAAGAGAGCAUUUAUUAAUGGAACCGGAGUUGAGACUGUGGUCUCUGCUGAUCUACCCAAUACACAUGGCUUGGCGGUGGACUGGGUGUCUAGGAACCUGUUCUGGACUAGUUAUGAUGCCAAUAAGAAACAGAUUAACGUCGCCAGACUGGAUGGCUCCUUUAAAAAUGCUGUCAUCCAGGGCUUGGACAAACCACACUGUCUAGUGAUGCAUCCAGUACUGGGGAAGCUGUACUGGACAGAUGGCGACAACAUCAGCAUGGCCAACACAGAUGGCAGCAACCGCAGUGUCCUCUUCACCAACCAAAAGGGCCCUAUUGGCCUCUCCAUUGACUUUGAUACGAAUCAGCUCUACUGGAUCAGCUCAGGAAACGGCACCAUCAACCGCUGUAAACUGGACGGUUCUGGACUAGAGACGCUUGAAGGCGCCAAGGGCAAGCUCAUCAAGGCUACAGCUCUUGCUAUUAUGGGGGAUAAGUUGUGGUGGGCGGACCAGGGAACUGACCAGAUAGGAACAUGUGAUAAGAAAGAUGGUGGCAACUGGAAGGUCCUGAGGAACAGCACUUCGCCCAUGAUGCACAUGAAGAUCUACAACGAAACUGUGCAAAAAGGCACCAAUCUCUGCAGCAAAAACAAUGGAGACUGCUCCCAGCUAUGCCUCCCCACGUCCCCGACCACCAGAACCUGCAUGUGCACUGCAGGAUACAGCCUGCGAACCGGGCAGCAGUCUUGCGAGGGAGUGGGCUCUUUCCUUCUGUAUUCUGUUCAUGAAGGGAUUCGUGGCAUUCCUUUAGACCCUUCAGACAAGUCUGAUGCUCUGGUGCCAGUCUCUGGCACCUCACUAGCUGUUGGCAUAGAUUUUCAUGCUGAGAAUGACACAAUCUACUGGGUGGAUAUGGGCCUGAGUACCAUCAGCAGGGCCAAGAGAGAUCAGACCUGGAGAGAAGACGUGAUUACUAAUGGCAUUGGGAGAGUAGAGGGAAUCGCUGUUGACUGGAUAGCUGGAAACAUCUAUUGGACCGACCAAGGUUUCGAUGUGAUCGAGGUGGCUCGACUGAAUGGCUCCUUCCGUUUCGUGGUGAUCUCCCAGGGCCUGGACAAGCCACGGGCCAUCACUGUAAAUCCUGAGAAAGGCUACCUGUUCUGGACGGAGUGGGGUCAGUACCCUCGUAUCGAACGGUCUCGCCUGGAUGGUUCACAGAGGGCAAUCCUGGUUAACUCUAGUAUCAGCUGGCCCAAUGGGAUCUCCAUUGAUUAUAAGGAGGGUCUGCUGUACUGGUGUGAUGCCAGGACAGACAAGAUUGAGCGCAUUAACUUGGAGACUGGAGAAAAUAGGGAGGUGGUGCUGGCCAGCAACAACAUGGACAUGUUCUCUGUGUCUGUGUUUGAGAGCUACAUCUACUGGAGUGAUAGGACGCAUGCUAAUGGUUCUAUUAAGAGAGGCAGCAAGGACAAUGCAACAGACUCCGUCUCUCUGAGAACUGGUAUUGGGGUGCAGCUUAAGGAUAUCAAGGUUUUCAACAGGGCCAGACAACAAGGAACUAAUGUGUGCAAGGUCAACAACGGCGGCUGCGAGCAGCUCUGUCUUUACCGUGGCAACGGCCAGCGCACUUGCGCCUGCGCUCACGGCAUGUUGGCCGAGGAUGGCCAAGGCUGCCGCGACUACGACGGCUACCUUCUCUACUCGGAGCGCACCAUACUGAAAAGCGUCCACUUGUCGGACGAGAACAACCUGAACGCGCCCAUAAAGCCGUUUGAAGACCCAGAACACAUGAAGAACAUAAUUGCACUCACAUUUGAUUAUAGAGGAGGAGGGGCCAAAGGAGCCAACCGCAUCUUCUUCAGUGACAUUCAUUUUGGUAACAUCCAGCAGAUCAGCAGUAAUGGAUCGGACCGCAGAACUGUUGUAGAGAAUGUGGGCUCUGUGGAGGGCUUGGCAUACCACAGGGGCUGGGAUAUGUUAUACUGGACCAGCUACACUACCUCAACCAUCACCCGUCACACUGUGGACCAAAGCCGCUGGGGCGCCGUUGACCGGAACACCGUGGUCAGCAUGUCGGGAGACGACCACCCGAGGGCCUUCGUGCUUGAUGAGUGUCAGGGCCUGAUGUUUUGGACCAACUGGAAUGAGCACUCUCCCAGCGUCAUGCGUGCCACGCUGACUGGUUCUAACGUGCUGGUGAUCAUCGGCACAGAUAUCAGAACCCCCAACGGGCUGGCCAUUGACCACCGGGCUGAAAAGCUUUACUUGUCUGAUGCCACUCUUGACAAGAUUGAGCGCUGCGAGUAUGAUGGCAGUCAGAGAUACGUGGUGCUGAAGAAAGAGCCGGCCCAUCCGUUUGGCCUGGCUGUAUUUGGAGACUACAUCUUCUGGACGGACUGGGUCAAGAGGGCUGUGCUUCGGGCCGACAAAUACACCGGGGGCGAAAUGAAGGUGUUGCGAGCUGACAUCCCCCAGCAGCCCAUGGGCAUUGUUGCGGUGGCCAAUGACACUAACAGCUGUGAGUUCUCUUUGUGCCGCGUCCAUAAUGGAGGAUGUCAGGACCUGUGUCUGCUGAGCUCUGAAGGAAGAGUUACCUGCAGCUGCCGUGGCGACCGAAAGCUUUUGGAAGAUAACACCUGUACUGGCAUGAACUCCACAUGUACCGGCGUUGAUGAGUUUGAGUGUGGAAACGGAGACUGCAUCAACUACACUCUGACUUGCGAUGGCAUGGCUCACUGCAAAGACAAGUCUGACGAGAAACAGUCCUACUGUGCCAAUCGUGUGUGCAAGAAGGGCUACAGGCGGUGCGUGAAUGGCCACUGUGUUGGGCACAGCUCCUGGUGCAACGGGCAGGAUGACUGUGGAGACAAUUCGGAUGAAGUCUUCUGUAACACCACGUUGUGCUCAGUUGAUCAGUUCCAGUGCCGAGACGGAAGCUGCAUCUCCAACUCCAGCAAGUGUAACCAGAAGGUGGACUGUGAGGACGCGAGUGAUGAAAUGAACUGUCCUCCCACGGACUGCUCCUCUUACUUCCAUCUGGGAGUGAAGAGUGUGAUCUUUCAGAAGUGUGAGUUCACCACCCUCUGCUACGCCCCCUCAUGGCAAUGUGACGGAGCCAAUGACUGCGGGGACUUCUCAGAUGAAAGGAACUGCCCGGGGACCGGUAGGACCAAGUGUCCCUUACCCUUCUUUGAAUGCCCGAGCGGCCGCUGCAUCCCGAUGAGCUGGACGUGUGACGGUGAAAAUGACUGUGAGAACGGUGCUGACGAAAAUAAAUGCGAUAAGGUCUGCUCACCGUCGCAGUUUGAGUGUAAGAACCACCGCUGUAUUUACAGCCGCUGGGUUUGUGACGGCGCUGAUGACUGCGGUGACGGCAGCGACGAGGGCGUUCACUGCAAGAAUAAAACUUGCAGUCCAGAGACAUUUCGCUGUCCUGGAUCAAAUGUGUGCAUUCCUCAGCGCUGGAAGUGCGACGGCGACAAAGACUGCGCCGAUGGGGCCGACGAGAGCGUCACAGCAGGAUGUGUCUUCAACGACACAUGCAGCGCUGACGAGUUCAUGUGCCAGAGCCGCGAGUGUAUCCCCAAACACUUCGUGUGUGACCAUGACAGAGACUGCAGAGACGGCUCCGAUGAGUCCCCGGAGUGCAACUACCCACCAUGUGGUCCUGACAGUUUCCGCUGCUCUAACGGAAGCUGUCUGCUCCAUAAGUCCUGGGAGUGUGAUGGAGAGUUUGACUGCCAUGACCAUUCAGAUGAAGCACCGAAAAACCCUCGCUGUUUAAGUCCAGAAAAGAAAUGCAAUGACAGCGCGUACGCCUGCAGUAAUGGAAAGUGCAUCGCUGAGGCUCUGCUCUGUAACCAUAAGGAUGACUGCGGGGAUGGUUCUGAUGAGUUGAACUGCUUCAUCAAUGAGUGUCUGAACAGUAAACUGAGUGGCUGCUCGCAGCUCUGUGAGGACCUGAAAAAAGGCUUCAAGUGCCGAUGCCACCCGGGCUUCCGUCUCAAAGAUGAUAGGAAGACCUGCGUGGACAUAGAUGAAUGCACGACCUCUUAUCCCUGCACGCAGCGCUGCAUCAACACUCAUGGGAGUUACCAUUGUCUGUGCGUGGAGGGUUUCCAGCUCAGUCCCGAAAACCCAACCAUAUGCAAAUCCGUCUCUGACGAGGAGCCGUACCUCAUCUUUGCCAACCGCUAUUACCUGAGGAAGCUCAAUUUGGAUGGCUCCAACUAUACACUGCUCAAACAAGGCUUAAACAAUGCCGUGGCUCUGGACUUCGACUAUCGCCAGCAGAUGAUUUAUUGGACAGAUGUCAACACGCAGGGCAGCAUGAUCCGACGGAUGCACAUCAACGGCAGCAACGUUCAGGUUCUUCACCGCACAUUGCUCAACAAUCCUGACGGUCUGGCAGUGGACUGGGUCGGAGGAAACCUGUACUGGUGUGAUAAGGGUCGGGACACUAUUGAGGUGUCAAAGCUGAAUGGAGCAUACCGUACGGUUCUGGUCAAUAGCGGUCUGAGGGAGCCACGUGCUAUUGCUGUGGAUGUUCGCUAUGGGUACUUGUACUGGUCUGACUGGGGUGACAACCCUCACAUUGGGAGGAUCGGGAUGGACGGCAUGAACAGGAGUGUCAUCAUUAAGGAUAAGAUCACCUGGCCUAACGGCUUAGCCCUGGACUUUAUCAAUGACCGCAUCUACUGGGCGGACGCUCGAGAAGACUACAUCGCGUUUACAAGCAUGGAUGGAACCAACAGACACACAGUCCUGUCUCAGGAUAUUCCCCACAUCUUUGCCAUGACUCUGUUUGAGGAGUACAUCUACUGGACAGACUGGGAGACAAAGUCUAUCAACAGAGCUCAUAAGACACAGGGAACCAACAAGACCAUGCUGAUCAGCACCCUGCACAGGCCAAUGGACAUCCAUGUAUUCCACCCGUAUCGCCAGCCUGAUGUGGUAGGCCACCCGUGUCAGAUAAACAACGGCGGCUGCAGUAACCUGUGUUUGCUCUCACCUGGUGGGGGCUACAAGUGUGCAUGCCCCACCAACUUUUACCUGGCCUCUGAUGGCAAACAGUGUCUGUCCAAUUGCACUGCGAGCCAGUUUGUCUGCAAAAACGACAAGUGCAUUCCAUUUUGGUGGAAGUGUGACACAGAGGAUGAUUGUGGGGAUCGCUCAGACGAACCUGCCGACUGCCCUGAGUUUAAGUGCAAACCGGGCCAGUUUCAGUGCGGCACGGGCAUCUGCACCAACCCUGCCUACAUCUGUGAUGGAGACAACGAUUGUCAGGACAACUCUGACGAAGCCAACUGCGACAUUCAUGUGUGCCUGCCGAAUCAGUUCAAGUGUACCCACCCCAAUCGAUGUAUCCCGGUAAUCUUCCGGUGCAACGGCCAGGACAACUGCGGGGAUGGAGAGGAUGAAAAGGACUGCCCGGACGUCACAUGUGCUCCCAACCAGUUCCAGUGUGCCAUGAGUAAGCGCUGCAUCCCGAGAGUGUGGGUAUGUGAUCGGGACAAUGACUGCGUGGAUGGAUCUGAUGAGCCCGCCAACUGCACUCAAAUGACGUGUGGCAUGGACGAGUUCCGCUGCAAGGACUCGGGCCGUUGCAUCCCGGCACUCUGGAAGUGCGAUGGCGAGGCGGACUGCGGGGACGCCUCAGACGAACCCAAAGAUGAGUGUGACGAGCGAACAUGCGAGCCUUACCAGUUUCGGUGCAAAAACAACCGUUGUGUGCCCGGCCGCUGGCAGUGCGACUACGACAACGACUGUGGGGACAACUCAGAUGAGGAGAAGUGUGUGCCUCGAAAGUGUUCAGAGAGUGAGUUUGCCUGCACGAAUGGUCGUUGUAUUGCUGGCCGCUGGAAGUGCGACGGGGACCACGACUGUGCCAAUGGGUCAGAUGAGGAUGGCUGUGAUGUGAAGUGCGACAGCGAUCAGUUCCAGUGCAAAAACGGCCACUGCAUUCCCAUCCGCUGGCGCUGUGAUUCGGAUGUUGACUGCAUGGAUGGAAGUGAUGAGGAGAAAUGCGACAGUAGUGUGGGUAGACACUGCAGCCAGGAGGAAUUCCAGUGCAACAACACUCUUUGUAAACCUCUUCGCUGGAUGUGUGACGGUGAGGACGACUGUGGAGACAAUUCAGAUGAAAGCCCAGCAGAGUGUGUUAGGUUCCUGUGCCCACCCACGAGGCAGUUUCGUUGCCAUAACGACCGGGUGUGCGUGCCGGUCUCAAAGCGCUGCGAUGAUGUGAACAACUGUGGGGACAACAGCGACGAGCUCAACUGUCCAACACAUCCGUUGACGCCACUAUGCCAGAAGAACCAAUUCCAGUGCUCCAACAGUCGCUGCAUCAGCACCGAUCUGCUCUGCAACCACUUCAACGACUGUGAGGACUACGGAUCUGACGAAAUGAGCUGCGAUAAGAAAGCAGAUACAACGCUGAGUGAAUGCCGCAGCAACGUGACCAUGUGCGGAGAUGGUGACGAAGCACACUGUGUCAUCAACGGCACCGUCUCCUUCUGCUCCUGCAAGCCCGGCUUCCAGUCCAGCGGACAGAACAGAUGCCAGGAUAAGAACGAGUGCAAGCAGUUUGGAGUUUGUUCCCACAUGUGCAACAACACCAAAGGCUCCCACAAGUGCAGCUGCCACAAGCAUUUCAGCAGAAUAAAUAACACCUGCAAGGCUGAUGCUCAGGGACACGUGCUUUACCUCGGGGACGACAAUGAAAUCCGCAGCCUGGAUCCCUCUGUGCCAAACUGGCGCUACGAGCUGAUUUUCCAGGGUGACGCUAACGUGCGCAUCGAUGCCAUGGACCUGCAUGUGAAGACAAAUCGCCUUUACUGGACCAACUGGCACACAGGCCGCAUUUCUUACUAUGACUUGCCGUCCUCGUCCUCCUCCCAAAACAGCAACCGAAACAGACGCCAGAGCGAUUCCCGGGUUGUCAACCUUGAGAUUCCAGAACUGAAGAUGCCCCGUGGCAUUGCUGUGGACUGGGUGGCAGGGAACUUGUACUGGACUGACUCUGGCAGAGACGUCAUCGAGGUGGCACAAAUGGGCGGAGGACAGCACCGCAAGACCCUGAUUUCUGGCAUGAUCGAUGAGCCUUAUGCUAUUGUGGUUGACCCCCAGAGAGGGAAAAUGUACUGGGCCGAUUGGGGCAACCAUCCAAAGAUAGAAACAGCAGCUAUGGACGGAACCAUGAGAGAAACACUGGUUGAAGAAAACAUCCAGUGGCCAACUGGUUUGGCGGUUGACUACUUCAAUGAGCGUCUGUACUGGGCCGACGCCAAACUUUCCCUGAUUUGCAGCGUGAGGCUAGAUGGCAGCGAUGUGGUCGUGGCUGCGAACACUUUGAAAAACAAGCUCCAUCAUCCGUUCAGCAUCGACCUUUUUGAGGACCACAUCUACGGCGUCACCUACAUGAACAAUUCCGUCUUCAGAGUGAACAAGUUCGGGAAAGGGCCCAUUGAGAACCUUGCGAAUGGAAUGAACCACGCCACGGAUCUGGUGUUGCACCACAAAUACAAGCAACCGGACGUGAACAACCCCUGUGACAGGAAGAAAUGUGAGUGGCUCUGUCUGCUCAGCCCCAGUGGACCGGUCUGCAUCUGUCCCAACGGGCGUACCUUGGACAACGGCACCUGCGUGGAGCUGCCGACUCCUACCUUGUCUCCUCUCUCUCCCCCCAGUGGUCCCUGCGACACCCAGUGCAUGAACGGUGGCAGCUGCAUCCUGAACGCCCACAUGCAGCCAAAGUGUCGCUGCCAGCCUAACUACAGAGGUGAUCGAUGUGAGAUUGAUCAGUGCAAGGACUACUGCAGGAAUGGAGGCGCAUGCACACCCUCCCCUACAGGUUCUCCUACCUGCAGAUGCCUGAUGGGAUUCACAGGACCCACCUGUAACCUGCACACAUGUAAGAAUUACUGCAAGAACGGAGGCAACUGCACCGUCAGUGCUGGAAAUCAGCCCACCUGUCGCUGCCCUGCUGACUUCCUGGGAGACCACUGCCAGUACAGAAGAUGUGAAGGCCACUGUCUUAACGGCGGUACCUGCCUGCAGAUUGAGACUGGCGCUAAAUCGUGCCGCUGUUUGCCCCGGUACAUCGGCGCCACCUGCGACAUCGACAGGUGUCACUACUGCCGGGAUGGCGAGUGCAUCCCUAAGGAUGGGUUUGUUACUACGGGGGAUUUCACUUGUCGCUGCACAGAUGGCAGGAACCAGCCCAGCUGUUACACAUGUGAUACAAAUGAGUACUGUGCGAACGGCCAGUGCACUAUUAACCCCAUCACCCGCCUUCCAGAGUGCAGAUGUUCUCCUGGCUGGUCGGGGCAUCGCUGUGAGUCUGUGGCCAGCGGCAGUGAAAGCACCAGUUCAACUGGACGUACAGCUUCUAUUGUGGUCACGGUGUUGAUCCUGCUGCUGCUGGUCCUCCUUGCUGCAGGGGUCUUGUGGUACAGAAGAAGAAUGAGAGGGUCUAGCCGGCCCGGAAAAACCGGCUCCAAACGCUUGCGGGCAAAGGGCUUCCAGCACCAAAGGAUGACCAACGGGGCCAUGAACGUUGAGAUCGGAAACCCUGCUUACAAGAUCUACGAGGGCGAGCCCGAGGAUGAUGCCGGGGAGCUGCUGGACGCAGAUUUCACUCUGGAUCCAGACAAGCCCACCAAUUUCACAAACCCUGUAUACGCCACCCUGUACAUGGGCGCUCACAACAGUCGCAACUCCCUAGCCAGCACAGACGAGAAGAAGGAGCUGCUAUCGCGUGGAGAUGAGGAGCCCCUCGUAGACCCCCUGGCAUAGAUUGUCCAUCACCUUCAUCACACUACUCCUAAAUACAUCAUUCUUCUUGCCUUUUAAAGAAAAACUAAACUACAAAAAAAAAAUCAAAAACAAGUGUGAGAGAAAAUCGCUGAAGUGUGAACACUGUAUAAAAUGUACAAAAUGAAGGACUACUUUUGUAUGUGAUUGCAGUAUUAUAUUUUGUUCUUUUGAGAUUCCUCUGGUCAAAAAUAAAACAACGAAAUAGCAUUUUUUAUGAGAUUUUUGAUUUACACUUUGUCCUUCACCCUUCACCUAAAUAGCCACUACCUCCGUAAGUGAAAAACACAAAAACAGUGAAAUGGAAACAGGAAAAUCAGAAGAGAAGAUGCUACCAUUGGAGCAAUUUUAAUUUUUUUAUUUUUGUAUGAACUGUAUAGAUGAGAAAACAUAAUGUUCUAUUUUAACCAGUGCCAACUGUUUGUGUUGACUUUGAGCGAGAAAAGGAGAUAAAACUGAAAGUUUUCUGAAUCGGUAUGUACAGUAAUGUCAUCCUGCAGGACUGUGUGAGAAGGCUCGUGUAUAGCACAUAGUAAAAUGUCUGUACCAGAUGCCAGCUACAGUAUUUUCCACCUUAUUUUUAUUCCUUCAGAGAACAAUGUUCAUAAAAUGAUUGUGUUGUCUUCCUUGCACAGAGCCACUCAGUUUACGGUACAGCGUGCACUGCAGGCUUUUUAGGGCAAGGUGUGAAGGACGUGUGGGUGUGUGUGACUGCAGGACGAUAAUGUUGCAGUGGGUGUGAUAGUCCAUACAGGGAGAUUAGAGGUUUUAUAGUUAUGGUGGCUGAUCUGCAGAUGUAAAACUUUGAUGUACAGUAGGUGUCAUAUCUGCACUAUUUAGCUCUAUGUUACAAAGGUCUUCCUCCAAAUGAAAAGGAAGGGUUGGAGCUUUUUGCUGGUCUUUUAAUUCCCUGUGUAUUUCUUUAAAAGAUCAGAUUACACUCGUCUGGCUCUGUGAAUAAAUGUAUUUUUUUGCCUUUCGCAAAUCAAAGUCUGUACGUUCACAGUUCUGUAACGACUGAUGUCUGAAGUGCAUUAUGUCCAUCUGUCCUUAGCAGUUCUCGAUUUACUGUCCUCCGUGCCCUGCUGCUGCUAAUGCUGCCGCUCUGGUCCUUACGCUCGGCCUCUGUCCCCAAAAUGCUGCUUCUGUCAGAAAAGCGUCAGCCAUAUCUUAACUCUCGAGUGAGAUGAUACGACUCUUUAAUGUGACGAUGAGUUUUUGCUUUGCUUACCUGUCCAGUGUUAUUUUACGCUGUUUAAUGUGUACGUUUUUGUCUUAAAACUGAGAGUACAAUCAUUUUACCUAAAGAACACUUUUGCUGAAUAAUACGUACAUUUCCAGGACCUUUAUUAUUUCGGAUCAGUCAUUUUUGUUACGUUUAAAUCAGAAAUGACGCAUAGCUUUUAUAUAGUACACCAUGCAUGGAAGCUCCAACUUUCUUCUGGAAAGAGAACAAUGUUUCAUUUUUGCUGGAGUACUUUACAAACUAAAUAAGAUAUUGUCAUAAAUAAAAUUUUUUAAAUUGUACAGACAA